CAAUAUGCCCCACUAUUCUUUCGAUCCUUGUGAAUUGUGAACCCUUUUAUACGGCCUUAAAUAUCACUAUCCAUUCUCCCUCCAUCUUCAACCUGCAGAUUUAUCACUUCUGCAGAUCAGACUGUGCUUCUGCUCUACAUGUCUUAAGUAGAACAAGAGUGUAAUUAGAAGAAAGAGCAGGGAAGAGAAGAUGGCUAGAGAACAGCUGCAAGUGCUAAAUGCACUUGAUGUCGCCAAGACUCAACUUUACCAUUUCACGGCCAUCAUUAUCGCCGGAAUGGGGUUUUUCACUGACGCCUACGAUCUUUUCAGCAUUUCCCUUGUCACCAAGCUACUAGGCCGCAUAUACUACACUAACCUCAACAAAGAAAAGCCAGGCACCCUCCCUCCGGGUAUCUCCGCCGCCGUCACCGGCGUCGCCCUCGUCGGAACCCUCGCCGGCCAGCUCUUCUUCGGCUGGCUCGGCGACAAAAUGGGCCGGAAAAAAGUCUACGGCGUCACCCUCAUCCUCAUGAUUGUUUGCUCUCUUGCUUCCGGACUUUCUUUUGGCAGCCACGCUAAGGGUGUCAUGGCAACCCUUUGUUUCUUCAGAUUUUGGCUGGGUUUUGGAAUCGGCGGCGACUAUCCACUCUCUGCCACAAUCAUGUCGGAAUAUGCUAACAAGAAGACAAGAGGAGCCUUUAUAGCUGCGGUUUUCGCUAUGCAAGGUUUUGGAAUUCUGACUAGCGGCAUUGUGGCACUGAUUGUUUCCUCCGCUUUCGAUCACGCUUACGGCGCUCCGCCGUACAAUCAAAGCGUGGCGGCACGCGCCGCCUCCACCGUGCCGCAGGCCGACUACAUUUGGCGCAUAAUCCUAAUGUUCGGGGCGGUGCCGGCGGCGCUGACGUACUACUGGCGGAUGAAGAUGCCGGAAACCGCCCGUUACACCGCCCUGGUGGCGAAGAACGCGAGACAGGCGGCGAAGGACAUGGCGCAGGUCCUGAACGUGGAGCUGGAAGCCGAGGAAGAAAAGCUGGAGAAAAUGGCGGAAAAACCGGCGAAUUCGUUCGGGUUGUUCUCUAGAGAAUUCGCGAAGCGUCACGGGCUCCACUUACUGGGGACCACCUCCACGUGGUUUCUGUUAGACAUUGCGUUUUACAGCAAUAAUCUGUUUCAGAAAGAUAUUUUCAGCGCGAUUGGGUGGAUCCCGCCGGCGAAGGAAAUGAACGCCGUGCACGAGGUUUAUAGAGUGGCGAGGGCGCAAACGUUGAUCGCGCUUUGUAGCACCGUGCCGGGGUACUGGUUCACCGUCGCCUUCAUCGACGUGAUCGGGAGAUUUUGGAUCCAAUUGAUGGGAUUCUUCUUCAUGACGGUGUUCAUGUUCGCCCUAGCAAUCCCCUACGAUCAUUGGAGAGAAAAGCCGCAUAGAAUCGGGUUCGUUAUAAUGUACUCUCUCACCUUUUUCUUCUCCAAUUUUGGCCCUAACGCCACCACGUUCGUGGUCCCGGCGGAGAUUUUCCCGGCCAGGCUCCGGUCGACCUGCCACGGGAUAUCCGCGGCGGCCGGGAAGGCCGGCGCGAUCGUCGGAGCGUUUGGGUUCUUAUAUGCGUCGCAGCCGACGAACAAAAAAGACGCGGACCCGGGUUACCCGGCGGGGAUUGGGAUCAAGAAAACGCUGAUUGUUUUGGGAUGCGUUAAUGCGCUGGGGAUGCUUUUCACGUUCUUGGUGCCGGAGCCGAAGGGGAAAUCGCUUGAAGAAUUGUCCGGCGAGAAUGACGAUGACGGUACCGAGCUCCAGGCUGGCGCUCCCUAUAGGACUGCCCCAGAAGCCUGAUCGAUCCAAAUCGUUUAAAUUUUUAAUAUUUUGGGUUUGACUUUUCAUCUCUGAUCUUCUUUAUUGUGAUACAUAUAUAUACUAGAGCUCACUAGUUCCUUUGGGAAUAUGUAAUGUUAAUAUUGUGUUGUACUUUAAUAAUAAAUAUAUAUACAUAUUAAUAAAUCCGUAUCAAUUAAAAAA